UCUCCAGCUUUGUAGAGAUGUCUGGACGCGGUAAAGGCGGCAAGGGCCUGGGUAAAGGCGGCGCUAAGCGUCAUCGCAAAGUCCUGCGCGACAACAUCCAGGGCAUCACUAAGCCCGCCAUCCGCCGCCUGGCUCGGCGCGGAGGAGUGAAGCGUAUCUCCGGCCUCAUCUACGAGGAGACGCGCGGUGUGCUGAAGGUGUUCCUGGAGAACGUGAUCCGCGACGCCGUCACCUACACGGAGCACGCUAAGCGCAAGACCGUCACCGCUAUGGAUGUGGUCUACGCACUCAAACGGCAGGGCCCUAAAUCCCCAACCCCUCUACAUGGGUUCUGUUCAUUUAUUCCUAUGGCUCGUACUAAGCAGACGGCUCGCAAGUCCACCGGCGGCAAAGCCCCGCGCAAGCAGCUGGCCACUAAGGCCGCCCGCAAGAGCGCCCCGGCCACCGGCGGCGUGAAGAAGCCCCACCGCUACCGUCCGGGCACCGUGGCUCUGCGCGAGAUCCGGCGCUACCAGAAGUCCACCGAGCUGCUGAUCCGCAAGCUGCCGUUCCAGCGCCUGGUGCGCGAGAUCGCUCAGGACUUCAAGACCGACCUUCGCUUCCAGAGCUCGGCCGUCAUGGCUCUGCAGGAAGCGAGCGAGGCCUACCUUGUGGGUCUGUUUGAGGACACCAACCUGUGCGCCAUCCACGCCAAGCGUUCUUACGGGAUGUCUGGACGCGGUAAAGGCGGUAAGGGCCUGGGCAAAGGCGGCGCUAAGCGCCACCGCAAAGUCCUACGUGACAACAUCCAGGGCAUUACUAAGCCCGCCAUCCGCCGCCUGGCCCGGCGCGGCGGGGUGAAGCGCAUCUCCGGCCUCAUCUACGAGGAGACCCGCGGUGUGCUGAAGGUGUUCCUGGAGAACGUGAUCCGCGACGCCGUCACCUACACGGAGCACGCCAAACGCAAGACCGUCACCGCCAUGGAUGUUGUCUACGCCCUCAAGCGCCAGGGCCGCACACUCUACGGCUUCGGCGGCUAAGCUUAUCCAC